GAGCUGAUCGUGGGAGCCUCGCAUCAGCUCACUGCCCACCGCACGCCCCCGCAGAGUCUCCCAAACUCUCGCUCGCAGGAGGAGAGAUGAUGUGGGGGAUGUAAGACACGGGGAUCAGCAGACAGCAGCUGGAUUCUCGGGCUGAAAUCAAGCGCUCUGAUGGACUGAAGACGGCAGAUAUACGGUUCGAGGUAGGAUGUACCAACAUUGUUAGAGCCGGAGGAGAGAGGUGGGAGAUUCUGGGAUUCCAGAAGGGGAGAGCAAAACAUCAUGGGUGAUGGAGGGGCCUUGCACACAGAGGGCAAUGCCCUUCUGAAGGCAGUGUUUCAUGGUAAACUCCGCCUUGCCCGCCUCCUACUUGAGGGCGGAGCUUAUAUCAAUGAAGGGAAUGAGCGAGGAGAGACACCCAUUAUAGCGGCCUGUCUGGCGGGAUACGAUGAUCCACAAACCCGGCAAAGAAUGGUGCGCUACCUGUUGGAGAAGGGUGCAGACCCAAAUAUUCCUGAUAAAACGGGCCGGACUGCUUUGAUGCAUGCAUGUGCAGAACUGGCAGGCAAAGAGGUGGUGUCCCUGCUGCUGGAAAACGGUGCUGAUCCCAGCUUGAAAGACUACUCUGGGGCUUCUGCACUUGUACAUGCCAUCAAUAAGGGUGAUCGGGACACUCUCCAGGUCCUACUGGAUGCCUGCAAAGCCAAAGGCAAAGAGGUUAUCAUCAUUACCACUGAUACAUCUCCCUCUGGCACUAAAAAGACCAAACAAUACCUGAACUCCCCACCAUCUCCUGGUAUAGUGGACAAGCUCUCCCCUGCUUGCAUGUCUCCAUCAGAAGUAGAGAUCCAUACCACUGGAUCUGGCCCUAGUGAAGAGGAGGAAGGUAUCUUCAGCUUUGCCAUGACUUCAGCACUUCCGCUACCAUCCAGCAGACCACAAGGGGAGCGGAGACCACCGCCCCGCAAGCUUCUGAAAAGACUGAACUCUGAGCCUUGGGGUCUGGUUGCUCCUUCUGUACUUGCUGAGCGAGCUGAGAGGAUAGAGGGCGAUUUAGCAGAAGAGGACAAACUGGUCUCGGAGAUGAAUGGGAUGACAGUUUCUGGUCCAGGCAGACCUCUCCUGUCACGUAGGCACAGUAUAGAGACCCAUGACCCAUCCUCUCCAAAGCUGAUGGACCGGUCCUGUUCAGAAGACUGUGCUGCACUUUGUGGCUCUUCCUGGGCAGAUAAAGUUAAUCAGCACCAAUCACUGUAUCGUAGAAACACAGCUCCUGAGACUCAAGACAAUGUGGCUCAGGCAUCAGCGGGAAUCCGCGGUUUACCACACCCUAAACUCACCCGCAUGGAGCACUACGAGUCGGACACUCACCUGUGUCCUACCUCCAUCCCUGGAUCUCCAGAUUCUGGACGCGUCUCGGUUGAGCGCCGCAAAUACAAUGCCUCUCCUUUGUCAUUGCUCACAAGCUCUUCUCGAGAGUCUCUGGAGAGCAUUCCCAACUCAGUAUCUCCUAUCACAAUGCGGCGGCGUCCCACAGGACUGCUGGAAAGGCGGGGAUCAGGGACUCUCCUCUUGGACCACAUCUCCCACACUCGACCUGGGUUUCUUCCACCCCUCAACAUCAAUCCCCAGCGACCUAUUCCUGAUAUCCGUGCCAAUGGAAAGCCCACUUCUCCCGUUCACUCAGGGAGCAAGAUCCUGCUCCCGGUCGCACCUUCAUCCCCAAAACGUGGGCCAGACUUCAAGAUGAAGAAGAAACUCAUGAGGAGACACUCAAUGCAGACAGAGCAGAUGAAACAGCUAUCGACCUUCCGGGAAAUACUUACAGAAAAGGUGAUGGAGAUGAAUGGAGAUUGAGAGCAGAAGAGAAAAAGAUGGAGAGAGAGUCAGUGAUCUUCCAGGAUCAUCUACAUCUUUUUUUGAGGCACAACUGCUCUUGUUCAGUUCAGCUCCAAAAGAACAUAAUACAUACAUCAAAACAACAUUGCAGAAAUAAAACGUGAUCAAGAUCUAAAAAUUAAAGAGAACAUUUGUCACAUCACUCAAUAUCAAAAAAAGGAUCACUUCCAAGUGUUCCAUGUUUUUAAUGGUGACCAUUCUUAUUUGGGAUUAUUCCUUGAUCGUGAAAGAUUGAGAAUGUGUGAAGAUGGACCCAUUUGUGUCAGUGGAAGUGCUGUUGGUGUUUGAAUUUGCUGCAAAACUUAGAUGAGACCUCACAGAUUUUGUAUUCUGUGGGUUUCGCUAUAUAUUAGCGCUGUUAUGGCUCUCAGCUUCCUUACUGUUGUGCACUGUUAGAAAAGAAUGUGCAAAAAUUAUUUGACCUUUAGAGAUACCACAGCUUGUCACUGGGGCAGUAUCCUGAAUUGGGCCAUUUUUGGAAUAUGAUGUGCAUUUGCAUAUGUUGUCCCCUUAAGAUGUACAUUGGUGUACCCUUAAGCAAUGGCUUGGUGUUCUGGGUCCUAUGCUGCACAGGUUUCUACUCUGGGCAUUUGGGAGGGGGACUCCCCUAGGUAAAAAAUUGCACCCCCCUUCACCCCAGACACUGUGGGCCCCUCCAAGCCUCAAGGCCUUAUCUACUCUCUAUUGAAAUUUUUAAGGGGAAAACAAAGAUGGUACUGCCCAUAUGAGUGUCUACCCUUAAUUUUGGAAAUUUUUAUUAUCGAGUGUGGCUCUGUGGUGAUCCUGUGGAAUAAUUCUUAAUUAAUUUUAAUGUUCCUUAAAAAAUGCCAAUUUUCCAUUAAGUAUUGUUGUUCGAAACUCAAUCACUAAAUUAUUCAGCCUUUACAAUACAUUUGAAUUUCAAUCUAAGGUAAGAUAAUUGAAGAUGAUUGAUCACUUUUUUAAUAAUUUUUUAAUGUGAUAUUUAGUUUUGUUUGUCCUUUUAAGGACUUUUAAUUGACAAGCUUUCUGAUUUUCCAUAGGAUGUACCCUAGAGCAGUGGUCUCCAACCUUUUUACCACCGUGGACCGGUCAGUGCUUGACAAUUUUACAGUUUUACCGUGGCCGAGGGGUGCUAGACCACCAUCAAUCGUUUUCUCACAGGAUGACAAGCUAACAAAACAUUGCUGCAGAAAAUUAAAAAGCACUGCAGUGUUUGUCUGAGAUAACUAGUCUAUCAAUAUUUGUAUAUUCCAUACACAAUAUAAAGCUAAUCGAUCAGUUCAUGUCACGUGACUUGCGGUGCGCAGCAACUGGGUGCGCCGCUCCUGCGCAUUGCUCCUUCAUUAAUAAUAACGAGCAUGCAUGUGGAAAAGACGCAUUAUGUGAACGGCUGCCGUCAUUUGGGAUCUCCAGCAGUUGAUCUUCUUGCAAAAAAAUGCUGGAUUCAUCUGAUUUGUUGACAAAUGGGUUGCGGAUCCAUUCCUUGGCAGUUUAUGGAUCCUUCACUGGGCCUUUUCCCUUUCACAAAGAAACUUUCUAAAGUCAUCUGUUACUUACUCAUUUUGCUGCUUGUGGUAAAUUUUGGCGCUCAAGUGAACGAGAUGUAACCGAGAAAAUAUGGUCAUUUUUCAAAACAAAAGAUUUUUAGAUUAAAAGAUCUCAGAUAAUAAAUAAAAUGGAAAUAAUUAAUGAUUUAUUGUGCGGCCCGGUACCAAUUGAUCCACAGAUCAGUACGGCUCGGGGGUUGGGGACCACUGCCCUAGAGGGCAUUGAAGUUUGCGGACUGCUGAUUAUUACUGUAACAAACUAUGGUGUUAAAUGAAGAAAAUAUGAUUGCAUACCAGAAGUGCAUACAAAUGUUUAAACUAAAAAAAAAGUAUUUUUACAGCAAUUGAUUAACAUAAAACUAUUUUUAAAAAUAUGUAAUUACAAAACCCAAUAGUACCAGUUAAGCAUAAUGCAUGUUCAGGGCUUUUGGAUGGGUUGCAUAUCUUUCUUAAACUCUUGUGCGUGAUACAAAAUAAGUCAAGUGCAAUUCUUGAAACUCAAAAUCCCAAAGAAACUCUACAAACACCCAUCCAAAACCACACAUAUCAACAAACCCUGACCCGACUCUGCGGGGGGGCAGAGAGAAACCCCUGGCCUAACGCACACUCUGGAGACACAGAGCACAGAUAUUGUGUACAUACUGUACAGAGUACUAUUGUGUCUCAGACGUUUGAACGUGCAAUAUUCAGUGCUGCCUCGGCACUGAUUUCAUAUUAUUAUUGUGAAUGUGAACAAUCACUCGGACGUGCGUCUGUGCUAACAUGCUGCGCUAAAUAGUUCAAGAUGAGCUGGCAGCUCAGUUUACAUACAGAAGAGGAAUCUCUGCACAAAAUACAUGAGAAUGAAUUUCUCUAAAGAGCUGUCCGUGUCAAACACAUAGUUCAACUCAAGCUUAUGAUGAUGUGAGUGAAUUUAGUGCUUCUGCUUUGAGAUGUUCUAAACUUGAUGUGAAUUCAACUUAGUGUACUUGAAAUGUAUCAUGAAAACUAAAAGAGGAAUAUUUUUUUAUGCCUGUAGGGUUUUAUUCUUGUCGUUUUUUAUUUUUAUCUAAAUGAAUUUUAACGUUUAAUACCGAAGCGUUGGUGCAGUUUCACUUUGACGGUAGCUUCUGUGUCACAGGGUGUUUGUAGGAAAUAAUAUAUGAACAUCCGGAGCUCAACGGCUACAGCAAAUCUUCCAGAAAAUGCGAUAAAGUCCCAUCGAUGGAUUGAAAUCUCAGAUCUCUGACUACCUGGCUCUUUGUUAUCCUGAUGUGAUUAGGAGAAUCUUGGCACUUUGCUGUGUGUUCAUUGAUUUAAGCGAUUCUCCUCUUUUCAUUUCACACACACCAGUCAGAUAACGGAGUUUGAUUAGUUUGUAUCUAAAUAUAUAUUUCUGACCUGCUGUACAAAAACAUCAGUAUAAAUGAGUUGUUCAAGUGUACCUGAAAAGGUUUUAAUAGUGUAAAGGGUGUUUUAGGUGCUGUACACAAUGACCUCUGUCUGUGCUACACUGUCGUCGGGUAGUUUGAGCCGUAGCCCAGUGUUCUGCUCUCAUUUCACAUAGAAGGGUCACAGUUACACUAACAAUGCAUCAUUUAAUGGAUUAUGGAUUAAUUACUUCUUGUUAUUUUGUAUGUUUAGUGUGAUACACAGGUCAAAUGUAGUAAACCAAA